AGCUUUUUGUAUAGCAGUAAACAUAACGGUCCCAAGCGCCAAGCUGCUCGCAAGUGCUCGGCUUAUUUUGAGUCCGCAUUGAAGUAACCAUAGAUUGCCAAGUCAACGUAGUUUUCUCCGGGGAAACUUUCUCGCCGUUUGUUCCGCUGCUUUGUGUGGAGCUUGAAGGGGCACUCUGGUUGCCUAUGUCCAUCGUUUGAGUCGAAGAAUCGUAGACUAGCCGGUCGGUGAUAGAGCCUCUCGAGUUCGCUCUCGCGUGUUCUCAUUUUUUUCUGAUCGGAGUGUUAUUUUUUGUAUGCUUGUGCUUCUUGGAGUUCAAGUCCAAGAUCUGUGCGCGCGGAUCGGUGGUUCAGCAGCCAGUGACCAACUUGUGGAGCAUCCAGCCAGUCCGGUGCGGAAUUCGUUGAACUUUCUCGGUCCUCUCACGAGCUUCACCGUGUUUCCAGGAGCAUACCAGGAGGAACAGGGCCUGUGUGGGGUGGCCAAUAUCGCGCACUGUGUUCCCGUUGUUCGGGGAAUUGAAAUUUUUUUCUCUUAUCAAAUUCAAGUGUACAUAAAAUUGCAGCGACACUAUUCUGAUACGACACUUCAUGGAAUGUUUAUACAGGGGUUCUGUUAUCAGCAUUUGUGUCGGAGAGUGUUGGUGAAAGAUAAAAAUACAGGCUCGCAAUUAUCAGCUACCGUUGUUCUGGAAGAAGAAGGCCUUCGAUUUGCAAAAGUAGAGUGUGCUUGGCCAAGAAAACGAUGAGGUGUUCGGUUUCGUUAUCGGGUUGUUGAAAAUUUUUACGGAUCGAGUGCUAGUGCAUUAAAUUUUACCGUUUUCUUCGGUGGGAAUAAGAAACGCAAAAGGAAGGAGAACAAAUCCGGCCGAAAAUAUCUGUAGAGAGAAUUCCAAUUAGUGGUUUGUGCUUCAGUUUGUGUGUGUGUGUGGGGUGCAUUAGGAAGUAGACCAACUAAUCCCGAUCUCUUGGGAUCAAUUAGCGCAUCUCUCUAUCCGAUCAUUCUCCGAUUCCUCUCUCGCUGGAAUCGUCGAUCCUGAUUCCUUCGAUUUCUGAUUGUCUGACCAGGCGCGUGUGCGACGCAUCCAAACCCAAAUGCCUUUGUUCAACAAGAAGAGUGCAAAAAUCUCUAACCCAUCCCCUCCCAUGACGAAAGAUCCCCACCACCAUCUUUUCUACGAGAAUAACAACGGCUUUAACGGCAAGAAUCUGGCAGGGAGCACAAUGCCCACGGCACCGCACAUCGAUGACCUUAACGGGAGCCACGAGGCCAACGUGACCAAGCCACAGCUCGUGUUCAACUGCCAGCUGGCCCACGGCAGUCCAACGGGCUUCAUCACCGGGUUUGCCAGCGUCAAGGAGCUGUACCAGAAGAUCGCCGAAUGCUACGACUUUGCGAUGGAUGAGAUUCUAUUUUGCACGCUAAAUUCCCACAAGGUCGACAUGAGUAACCUUCUGGGCGGCCAGAUCGGUUUGAACGAUUUCAUCUUCGCACACAAAAAAGGUCGAGCGAAGGAGGUGGAAAUAGUCAAAUCGGAAGACGCCCUCGGACUGACCAUCACCGACAACGGUGCCGGAUAUGCGUUCAUCAAGCGAAUCAAAAGCGGAAGCGUCAUCGACCGGAUCCAGCACAUACAGGUUGGCGAUCACAUUGAAAAGCUGGACGGUAUCAACGUGGUUGGAAAGCGACACUACGAGGUGGCCCGCAUGCUGAAGGACAUCCCCACCGGAUCGACCUUUACGAUUCGAUUGGUCGAACCGAUGAAGAGCGGAUUCCAGGGCAUUGCACCACGCAAAGGUGGCGCCAAACAGUCGAAACCGGGCUACGGCAGCGGAAAGGAGACGCUUAGGUUUAAGGCCAACGGCAAUGCCGCCAUUGAAGACGAGCACGACGACGCUACACAAUGUGGAAUAGAUGCCAUCAAUACACUGCUAGAUUCGUUUAUGGGAAUCAACGACACUGAAUUAGCGACACAAAUCUGGGACUUAGGAAGCAAUAAAACCAACUCGAUGGACUUUGCCGAGGCGAUUGACGCAUCCGACCUGGAAGCCUUCGGAUUCACCGACGACUUUAUCAUCGAACUGUGGGGUGCAAUCACCGACGCUCGGCAGGGCCGUCACCGAAGAUAAAUGCUGACUCAACCAUCAGGAAACGUAAAAAUUAACAAAUAGCAACCGCCAAGCCAAUCGCUGAAAAAAGCGUUUCUGUACCCCUUUCUCCUUUUUUUCGCAAAUAAAUCAUAAACGUAGAAUGGAUUUAGUUUCUGAACGUAGAAUAUUUGUGAUCGCUUUCCACAGAUGAGUAAUGCAUGAAUUUAUUUAUAAUCAACAGCAACGAAAGCGAUAACAAAAAUGUCCAAAAUCAUAUAUUAAUAGCAUUUAUGUUUGUCAAAAUGACCAGAUAGGAAGAAACCUGUAAGGAUUGUAAAGCAUUCCUUCCGGAAGAACCAAUACUUAUGACGAAAUGUGUAGCUAGCUAACGAACAGCAACUCAAGACAAAUGAAAAAGACAUUCAUUUAUGUGAAAGUGAUAAUACGGAUAAUUUUAACUACUAUUAACGUUAUUCAGAUGAAAUUGCAGGAGAAAAAAGUGUACUUACUGAUUGUCGUCAGAGCGACCGAAGAAGAAGAAAGAGUUUAUGUAGAUUUUAUUUAUCGACUGGAAAAGAACGGAAAUCAAGUCAUGGAUGGAGUUAUUUUAGCCGUUUAGAAAAAAAAGAAGAUGAAGAAAGUGUCGAUAUGAUUCUUGUACGAUUAAGCAAUGAUCAACGUUUAGAAAUACAGAGUUAAGAUUACAAAAAA